CAAUCGUCUGAAAGGCUUGCUUGGAUCUUACAUGGAUGCUCCUUUUUGGCAUAAAGAAUGCUGAUGUCUCCAGGCUCUAUGGAGGAUAAGGAAACAAAAGGUCCACCCUGCCUGAGCACUGUGGGAUUGAAAGCACUCUUCUGAAGUAAUGAGUGAGCAGAUGCAGGUCCCUGUCACUCCAUCAUCAUGCCAGACCCCGGGCCACCACACGGCCCUGCAUCGUGCUGCCAUGGUGGGGAACAAUGAUUGCAUGGCUGCCCUGGUUCAGGGGGGCUGUGCCAUGGACCUACAGGACCGGGAUGGCAACACUGCACUCCAUGAAGUGGCUUGGCACGGUUUCAGUCAGUGUGUCAAACUGCUGGUCAAGGCGGGGGCUGAUAUCCAUGUCAAGAACAAGGCGGGAAACACAGCGCUUCACCUGGCCUGUCAGAAUGCACAUGGGCAGACUGCUCGCAUUCUGCUGCUCGGAGGCGCCAGACCAGACACCAAGAACAACAUGGGCGACAGCUGUUUGCAUGUGGCUGCUCGCUACAACAACCUGGCCUUGGUGAAGAUGCUGCUGAAUUCCCUGUGCUCUGUGUCCGAGACAAACCAGGUUGGGGACACUGCUCUCCAUGUGGCUGCUGCCCUGAACCAUAAGAAGACAGUUCAGCUCUUAUUGGAGGCUGGGACAGAUGGCAACACCAGAAACAAAGCUGGUAAAACUGCUUUGGACAAAGCCAGGGACAACAACCACAAAGAUGUAGCACUUCUCCUGGCCAGAGCUCCUCAGGUCCUUCGCUUCACGAGAGGGAGAACGAUAAGGAAACGGAGGGACAGACUGAAAGCUGAGCGCAGGAGCCAGUCUGUCACAAGACUAGAAAUUCUUCCAAAAAAAGACAGCAGCUCUGCGGCGGAGGAAGCUCCGAGCAGUGAGCAACUGGUGGACAGUGCAACCAUCAUGAGGACAGGCCUCCACCACAACCACAAGGCCCUGGGCGCCCCCGUCAGCCCUCACAGCCGCCAUCGGAGGAGGAGACACAGAGACCUGGCUUUGGAUGAAGAUUGUGUCAGAAGAGGCGAGAACAAGUUCCACAGGAAGAAGGAUCUCCUUUCCUGGGAUGGUGAACUGCCUUCCUCCCAGAAUGGCAAAACCUACCAGCUUUACACACUGUACCGUGACAAGGAGGGCACCAUCAGACAGGCACCAGCCAAUGGGUGCAACUGUAAGCCUCAGAUCAAGAAGCUGGAGGGCCAACUGAAAGCCAACCAGGAGGAGAUGAGGCUGAAGAUCCACAAUGUCCAGGAGAAGGUCAACUGCAGGCUGGGCAAAAUGGACCGCAGGAACAGACACCAGAUCAAAGUGCUGGACAUGCUGAAUCAGGAGAGAGUGUCAGCAGAGAGGAAGGACAUGAUUUACAGGAUAGAGCGGAGGGCUGCCCAGGGCAGAGAGGAGGCUGAGAUGAGACAGCAGGUAGCAGCAAGCAACGAACUGAAGAAGUGGUGUAUGUCCCAAAUCCAGGACAUGGACGUGCACGUACACACCAAACCCCAGUACUUCAAGCUGCUCCCCUCUCCCUCCGUGGACCAGUCUCUGGCAGACGGUGACCUUGAGUCCCUCCCCUUGUUGUCAGUGGUAUCUGGAGGAAGCACCAGCUCAUUAGCUACUUAUGUCAAUGUGGUGCCAUUCCCAUCCGGCCACGACCUGACUGGCCCGGACCAGGAGAAGCCAGCCAGCAGGAGGUACUUUGACGUGAAAGUGGAGAGGUCGCCAGAUGACUAUGAAAACACAGCCCUGUUUCCUCUCCCUGCCCAUCACUCCUCGGGGCUCCUGCUGGGCUCUGCUGACCUCUACUGGCAGCCUCCAGGACGACAGGGCAGUCCCACAGCAGCCAUCGUGGCGCUGAACGGGGAGGACUGUGGCUCCAGCAGUGCCAGCAGCAGCAAGUCUCACAGCAGCCAGCGACAGCACAGGAGGGUCCGGCGUCGGGAACACAGCUAUGACCGCCAACAAAGAAAACACCCCCCGGAGCCGAUGGGCACCUGUGGGCGAGCCGGGACACCGGACAGCAGCACCAGAAUCCUGGAGUUCUUCAUCGACCGCCCACCUGAGCCCACGUUCAGCCAGGAGAGGAACAAUCUGCAUGCCGUGGAGGUGACUCAGCGUUUCUUUGAGACGGUGUCGAGUCAGCUGGAGCGUUGGUAUGAGAGGAAGAUCCUGGAGGCCAAGCAGCAGACGGAGCUCAGGGCACAGCAGGACAGGGAGCAGCUGCUGCAGCGCAUCAGCAGCCUGGAGGAGGAGAUAGAGCAGCUGAAGACCAGCGGGACUCAGAGGGCCAGCGAGCAGCCCACACACUGACCAAGCCUGAUGCAGGGCCACAUACAAGAAGUACACUCAUUUAUGUUUUGGGUUUUUAUGAAAUUGUACAUAAAAUGAAUAUAACCAUUAGGAUAUCACUUUAAAGAGAACUUCAAAAUAAAAGAUGGAGUCAUCAUGUGGGUGUCAUCCUCCAGCCAGCACAAAUCGUAUCUAUCUAUCUAUCUAUCUAUCUAUCUAUCUAUCUAUCUAUCUAUGCUACCCUUUAUUCCCCCCAUAAAUAUUUCUCUAGAUCCACCCCUGACCAAUCACCAAAAUAUUUUUGCGAUAUGCAAUCAUUUCUGGUUGGUGGUAUUUGCAAAAUGGACUAAGUGGAAACCCUGUUUCUCAAAAUCCAACCAACAGCAACUGUAUGUAAACAAGCAUUCAAAGUACAUGUGCACUUGCUUCUCUUAAUCUAUUCAGUUACAUCAAAAGGAAUAUAAAUAUUCACACGUGGUGCUAUUUUCUUGGAGUGGACAAAAUGUCAAUUAGUCAUGAAGUCUUCGAGUGGCUUAAGUUGCAGUUUAUUUAAACCAGUUUUUACUGUUUCCGGCCACAUAGUGUGGUUGAAGAGUGGCAUUGCAUGAGUUCAUAUAACCAUAACAUCCUUGUAUCUCAUCAUGAUGUCUUCAACUUGGUAACUUAAAGGGAUACUUCACCCAUUUUGAAAAAUUUGAAAAACUUCACUUCCCCCUUAGCUGUUAUGUAGGACACUAUCCUCCUCUUAUUGUUACUGAGCUGGAUACUGUCUGGAUGCUCCAAAUGCUAACUGUUAGCCUUCUGCCGUUGAGGUGGACUUCCCCCCAGCUAACAUUAAAAAAAAAAAAAAAAAACAGCCGAGGGAAAUGUGAAAUACUAUCAGAUUUUUCAUAAUGGGUGGACUGUCCCUUUAAUUUCCAGAUUUAGCGAUGUUUCAGGCACCCUGGUGACACCCUGACCUUUGUGAAAUGUGACUAGUGGCAAAUGUAGUUGUUUUAUUAUUAUUUUCUUAAUCUGUGUUAAUGUCUUUCAGGGCAGAUCUGUACAGCACAUACUAAUGCACAUAAACUUGGUACUUGCUCGUCUAAUGCAAAGAGGUUUCAUGACUACAGUGCUUCACACUUAGGUUUUAGCAAAUAUCACUUUUUUUCACAAGUAGUGUAUGAUGUCAUCUGAGUAGUUGUAGUGAUGUUUUGAGCAGCCAGUAGCUAUUUUCCUUAGAGUAUUAAGCCGAGGUAAUAUUUUUUGGUGGAGGGCUGACGUAAGAUUAUUUAAAUUUAAACUAUUCCAAACCCAAAGCUUGUAUCUGCAUUUAAUAUUUGGUACUGUUAUAAAAGGUUGUAACUGUUGUAUAAAGGCAUUCUGUGGUUAUGGCCUAAUUAACUAUGCAAAGCUGAAUCAAACUGCUUGUUUGUAUUCUUAGAACAGGUAAAAUAAAGUUAUUGUGUUUAGGGUG